AUGUCGAAGGUCUCAAACUACGUCAAGGCACUCAACGGCAGCGCAAACUACGUCAAGGCACCCAACGGCACCGCGAACUACGUCAAGGCAUUCAACGGCAGCGCGAACGUCGCUGCGGCCGACGACGAGCUCAAGGAACAAUUUUCCAAGAUUGAUAAACAUGGAGAUGGAACUAUUGAUCUUUCAGAACUACAAGAGGCUCUAGAUUUAUGUGGUUUUAAGUUACCUGCAUGGAAAGUUCGAAAAAUUAUUGAAGAUUAUGAUGGUAAAAGAACUGAAACAAAAGGAAAACUUGUAAUUUCAGAAUUUAAAAAGCUAUGUUCAGACUUAAAAGCAGGAGAAGUUGCUAGCUCAUUUAAACAAGUUGUUUCUAAAAAAGAAAACUUAGAAACUUUAGGUGGUAUGUCCGAUGCAUCGAGUGAAGGAACAACACAUUCUGUAUGUUUAGAAGAACAGCUUGCAUUUUCUAAUUGGAUCAAUACUAACUUGAGUAAUGAUCCUGACCUAAAGCAUUUACUUCCAAUAGAAUGUAAAGGGAAAAAUUUAUAUGAAAAGGUCGUAGAUGGAAUAUUGCUCUGCAAGGUUAUUAAUCAUUCUUGUCCUGAUACAAUUGACGAAAGAGCAAUUAAUAAAGAAACAAAUAAAAGCAACCUUACUGUUUACAAAAAAUUAGAAAAUUUAACACUAGCACUAGUUUCCAGUCAAUCUAUUGGUUGUAAUAUUGUGAAUAUUGAUGCUCAUGAUCUUGCUAAAGGAAAACCACAUUUAGUCCUUGGUUUACUCUGGCAAAUUAUUAAGAUAGGAUUGUUUAGUCAAAUUACUCUUGAAAACUGUCCUGGGUUAGCUACAUUAUUACAAGAUGGAGAAAAAAUUGAAGAGCUUAUAAAACUAUCACCAGAAGCUAUACUUCUUGGAUGGGUUAACUACCAUUUGAAUCGUGCUGGAGUUUCAAGGUUAUGUUUUAAUUUUGAUUAAUUAACCAACAUUUUCAUUGAGUAUACAAAUCAUUGGAUCAUUAAAUUACAUUUAUUGUCUAUAAAGGAACCGGAUUUGAACAAAAGAGCUGAUAUAAUGUUGCAGCAAGCAGCUAAGUUAGGUUGUCGAAGUUUUGUUACACCCGCUGAUGUUGUGAAUGGUGUAUACAAAUUAAAUCUUGCAUUUGUUGCUAAUUUGUUUAACAAUCAUCCAGGAUUAGACAAACCUGAAGGAGACAUUGCAAGAUUAGAAUCAAUUGAAGAAACAAGAGAAGAAAAAACAUACAGAAAUUGGAUGAAUUCUAUGGGUGUAACACCUCAUGUUAAUUGGCUUUAUUCAGAUUUGGCAGAUGGUCUCAUAAUAUUUCAAUUGUAUGAUAUUAUUAAACCAGGAAUUGUUAAUUGGUCCAAAGUACACAGAAAAUUUUCUAAACUGCGAAAAUUUAUGGAAAAAUUGGAAAAUUGCAACUAUGCUGUUGAGUUGGGUCGUCAAUUAAGGUUUUCGUUAGUUGGUAUUGCUGGACAAGAUUUAAAUUAUGGAAAUGCAACACUUACAUUAGCUUUAAUUUGGCAACUAAUGCGUGCAUAUACUUUAUCAGUCUUAACUCAACUUGCUAAAACUGGAAGUCCAAUGAUCGAAAAAGAAAUUAUUACCUGGGUUAACAACAAGUUACAAAACGCCAAUAAAUCUUCAACUUUAAAAGGAUUCCAAGAUCGUGCAUUAGCUGAUGGGCGAAUUGUUAUUGAUUUAAUUGAUGCAAUAAAACCAGGCACCAUUAAUUAUGAUGUAAUUAAAAAGGAAGGUGACGCUGAGGAUAAUUUAGCUAAUGCUAAAUAUGCAAUAUCAAUGGCCAGAAAGACGGGUGCUAGAGUGUAUGCUUUACCAGAAGAUAUUACCGAAGUAAAACCAAAAAUGUUGAUGACACUCUUUGCAUGUCUUAUGGCUAUAGAUUAUGUUCCUUACAUGGCCAUAACUGAAAAAUCAGACUCGUAA